CUUGUGUGAGUAACCGACCAACACCACGGGGAAUUUCUGUUUGCACAAGGACUAUAUAAGGUGCAGACGCUCGUUUCAUUUCUCUGUGUUAAGUGAGGCUGUGCUGUUGCUCGUCAUCAUUAUGAAGACUGUUGUACUUCUAAACAGAUCUCCUCUACUACUGACACUAUGUGUGUAUCUGUGUCAGGUAACAGCUGUCACUGAGGACAUGCUGGAGGUGAAGUCUGUGUCCGGGUCUGACCUGGUCUUAACCUGCACUGCCACGGAGAAACCUGGUGUUCCUUACAUGGCGGUGCGGUGGUAUAAGGUUUCACAGCCACCGGCGCCUCGUUUACGCGGGCUGUUGACCAAGGACCUCCCAGACGGCUCCACGCAAUGGUACCUCGGCGUAGGCCAGGAAGUGGAGCUGUUACAGGACUCUCUCAACGUCCUACUGCGUAAUGUGUCAUGUGAAGACAAAGGCGUCUACAUGUGUCACCUAGCCGCACCUGUGGGAGAACAGAACCGAGAGGGACUGGUCCUCCUCACCCUGACAGACUGUCAGGAAGCAGAAACCCUAAUAAGUGACAGUUAUAUGGUGGUUUUGGCUGCAGCAGUGCUGAUAACAGCGUUGAUAAUAUUUCUCAUAAGCUAUAAAUGUUUAAACAAUAUCAUCAGGGACAGAAGCAAGACAUCAAAAAAAGAAAUUUUACUGGAUAAACCGCUUAAACCGCUCCAAAAAAAGGACUUGAUGCUAAUCUACACUUUGGGUCCAAAAAUGUCGAAAACACCGACGAUGAAGCACAUAUGUGUUUAAAGACAAAACCUAUGGUGGAAGAACAUUCAGGGUAAAGGACUCAGACAGUAAUCUAGAGGAGAAUGAACCAUACGUGUUGAUGGAAUACAAAAUGAACACCAAAGAAGAAGAAAAAGUUCAAACAAGCAGGAAACGCACCGAGAUACAGUCUGUAGUUGAAAGGACACGAGAGGAAACGGCUGCAUCACAUGUGUUGGGCGGGAAGACGUCGAAGGAGUCCUGAAGCAUGAAGCAUCACUAGGCACCAUCUUCACAUGAUCAUACUGGAGUGAAUAGAGUUCAACCAGUCCUCUGCCAAAAACUGUCACUGAAACUGUUCAAGCCACGGUGAGGGGGGGGGACUAUUAACUGUCUAAAACUGUUACCAACAGCAAUUAAUCUGCUCAAAAAAGAAUAAGAAAAUCCAUCAUUACUUAAAAUAAAACACAGCGAGGUCAUAGAAAGGCAGAGAAACAUACUAAUCCAGAGAAAAAAGGACAAAUAUAUGCAAGUCUGUGUGGACAGCAUAUGUAUUUGUCUCAACAAGACAAUUGGCAUCUUCAGAGAAACAGCCUGAGUUUGGUUUAGAAAAUCAUUGUAAUAACAUGAAUAACUUUUUGCAUGCUGGACACUCAUUUAACAGCAUAAACCACAUAUAUAAUAUCACAACCUGUGAGUAAAACAGCAUCUUCAGUCUGAAUGUAAAGUAGACUCUGUUAUACAGGCCUAUAAAUCAAUCACUCAAAUUUUAUUUAUGUAUCGUGACAUCAUAACAAAAGUUAUGACACUUUACAUUUAGAGCUGGUCUAAAUAUGACUCUUAGGAGAGAUUAGGGGAGGAGGGAGAAGGGGGGAAAUGGAGGAGAUAAUCAACAGUAAGCAACAUAAUUAUUUAUUAUUUAUAUUAUUGCAAUAUUAUUUGAAAUACUCUCAUCAUCUGAAGAACAGAACAGAGUUCUGUACAUCAUGAUAGAUGACUUUACAUCCCAUGGUGAUAAAGAGUAUGUAAGGAUUAUUUUAGUCAAGCAUUAAUGGAAUAUUCACUAAAUGUUGGCAAAACAAAGGAGAGUUAAACUUCCAUCUGGGACUGAAAACACAGAGUUUCUUUCAUGUCAGCGUUAACAAACCCAGAGGUUACUCUAAACCUUAUUUCUAGAACAUCAGCAGCUUUGUUCAUGUCAACAUGUAUCAAAGCUGAAGGUCAACAUUUUUGGUGAGAAUUUAGAUAGAAAACCUACAUCUGGUUACACUGCACUGCACUGAAGUUCAAGAAUUAACUUUUUUUUUUUUCCAAAAAGAAAACCAACAUUUUUCAUUUGAAAAGUAAUCUCAUUUUAAGAAAAUGGCUAUGAGUUUGUCUUAAUAAGAUGUUGCAUCAAAUACGAGGCUAAAUGUAACCAGUAACAAUGGUUUACAUAAUUUAUUGAUAGACUAAUCAAUUAAUUUUAAAUCAAAUGAGAACUGAUUUAUUAAUUUAAAUUCUAAGAGAAAAACUCUUUAAACUGUCUGAGUGCAGUUUCUUAAAUGUGAAUAAUUUCCAUAUGGUUCUCUAUAAAAGCAAGAAAAUCCACUAAAACUAUCUUUUUUUUUUCUUGGUUUCUUGCUUAAGCUGCAGCGUUGAAUGUAAUGAUUAAAGUUGUUGAAGCUGGAAUUGAGAAAAUCUUCCUGUCAUUGGAGAAGACUGUGUAAGUCUUUAAGUUAAUGCACAGGAAAGCAGAAGCUGACCCACCACUAUAUUAGCGUGGAGCUACAGUGGUGGGACAAAGGUUUUUGCAAUCACACACAUACAGUCAAAUACAGUUAAUAAUGUUAAUAGAAUAGUUAUUAUGUCAGUGUAUAAAGAAGUACCUCUGCCCUCUAGACCAGAUGGAGGCAGUGGUAAACCAGAAACAUCUGUGUUGUUUGAGAUAAAUCUCCUCUUUUUCAAUGGAGUCUGGUGGUUUUAUGAGUGAGUGUAGCAGAGAAAGUCACCUACAUAUAAUCCAUACUUACAGUAGUGGAAAAAAGUUUUUGGACACCACAUCACAUGCAUUUGUGAUAUAUUGCAUAAGUUAUUGAACUGCUCCCUUUCUGCACAUGUUCUAUUCCACAGAGGUUCUAUUCCAUAUUCCAAACUGGAUGUUUCUGCAAGAUAAUGAAACACAUCCAAGAAUUUUGUGUUGUUUUUUCUUUCAACAACAACAACAACAAAAAUUGCAUUCAUUUGUGUGUCUGUUGCAACCACACCUUUAGAAACAUUAAAAAAAAAAAAACCUCCACAAAUAUUUCAUGAUAAUAUUUGAGAUAAUGUAAAAUUUUAAGGGUGUCUGAAAACUUUUCCCCACAACUAUAUAUCUGGUUUGUGGAUGUGUUUCAAUGUGUUUGUUGAUUAUGGUUUUACACUUGAUGCUUGUAUGAGUUUGUUUUUUACUGUUUAAAUGCUUUCAAGGACUAAAAGUGAAAUAAAUGUUUAAUGAAAUAAUGUUUAUCAUGA